GAGGUGGUGGUAGCGGUUCCGAGUAUCUACUUGUCUGAAGUGAGACGGGUCCUGCCAUCGAAAGUAGGUGUGUCCGCACAGAACGCAUACAAAGUAGCGAAGGGGGCGUUCACUGGAGAGAUCAGUCCCGCGAUGCUUAAGGACAUCGGCAUUGAUUGGGUAGUGUUGGGACACUCAGAGCGAAGGGCACUCUUUGGCGAAACUGAUUCUCCGCUUGACAACCGGCUCUCUCUCCGGCCUUUCUGUUGCCUACAGCACUUCAGACAGACUCAAGCCAUCGCUGCUCAAGUGAAGGACUGGAGUCGUGUGGUGUUGGCGUACGAGCCCGUGUGGGCCAUCGGCACCGGCGUGACGGCCACACCAGCCCAGGCACAGGAGGUGCACAAACAGCUGAGGGAGUGGGUGAAGACGAAUGUGUCGGCAGAAGUGGCCGACAACUUGCGCAUCAUUUAUGGCGGAUCCGUGACGGGCGGCAACGCCAAGGAGUUGGCACAGGAGGCCGACGUCGACGGCUUCCUCGUAGGCGGCGCUUCACUCAAACCAGAGUUCGUCCAAAUAGUGAACGCAAAGGUCUAAACCAUUGGCGACACAAAUAAUCGUUUAUUUUAUAAUUUAAAUCAAAUAAAUAUAUGUUUAUUAGGGUUUUACUGAUAUUAUACUAAUUAUUAUAAAAUGCAAUUGUUUUAGUCUAUUAUAGGUUUAGGUUUUACAAUGAAUUGAUUGUUGUGUCAAAUGUUCACUCAACGGAACAUUGAAUAGAGUUUAUUGUAUGGAGUCUUAUGUAUCUCUUAAAAGCUUUGGUUAUUUUGUCGGAAAAGUAUAUUAAAAAUAAAAAAGUAUAUCCAUAUUUCAGACA